GUAAAUCAAACGUUUAUCACGUUUAUCUUGACAAAAUACGCAAUGCACGAGUUUAACCUAUUUCGACGAAUUUUGCAACCCUCCCCAUAUCAAUUUUGUCGCACAGAUUGCUUAUUCUUAAAGUUAUGUAUUUGAGCAUUAGAAGUGUUGAAAACAUUUUAGAUUACAGAAUUUCCAGGGUUGAAAGCAACAAUAGUUAUCAAUCUCGUAAAUCAAGAUAACGUCUGUUGACUUUUUCUUUGCCUUAAAUUUUAUUUAAAAAGAAUAUGGCAGAAGAGAUCGAGAAGUUUAAAAUAUCGAGAUUAUUCAAAAGAAAAAAGAAAGAACACGAAGAAAAUGCUGAUCAAAACAAAAACGUGAACGCAUUUUUUAAUAAAAAUGGACAUAUUACAAGAUUUUUAAAUCGAUUUAAGAAAAUUAAGAAACAUAACACGGAUGAUGAAAAGUAUUUAGUGAAAGAAGAAGAAAUUGAAAUAUACAUAACCUCCGAUCCUGCUGAAGAAAAGGCUGCAAAAAAGCUAGCCAAGAAAGAAAAACGAAAAAAGAGAAUGAAGAAAAUUCGUAAAGUUGCACUGAGAUCCUGCCAUUAUAUCGGAAUGGGUGUUGCUAGUAUGGCUCCACCAGUCAUUUAUCAAUCGCCGACUCUAGAAAAUAAUUAUGAUUACGAUGAUUACAGAUAUUGUAAUUAUAGAUAUACCGCCAAUUCAUCUCAUUGGACAACGGGGAUUGUUUUUGCUAAUUGGUAGCAAAUUCUAAUUUAAGUAUUAAAAAUUUUUAUUAUCGUCUACUUAAUUACUUGUAUCAAUAUAUUGUAACACUUACAUAGAAAAAAAUGUAAUAAUAGCAAAAUUUUUUAUAGUUCUUUUUAAUAUUUAUAGGUAAGCUCGAACGGUUUAAUAUUGACCAUUUUUGAAUAGUAAAUCUUAUGUUUAGAACUGAUAAAUAUAUAAUCUUGUGUUUUAAUGUUGUCCACAUUUAUAAAUUUGUAUAAAUAUAUAAAUAUAAAAUUUUUUUAAAUAUUUUGAUGCCUGUAAAAAGAAAUUAAAUGUAUGUAUUUUUAUCAUUGAAAUAAAAUGCAGUUAUGACUUUUAACGCUGUUCAGUUUUUACACCAUCCA